AUGAAUUUCGGAACGCAGUCACUGAAGUUGCGCGACAAUUGUACGAUAGUGUAAUACAAAAAGAGGUUAGAAGUGACGGAUUAAAUACAAGAUAUUUGUAUAGAAGAAAGUUUAAACAAAGAGAUUAGAGAGAAAUCUAACCAAGUCAAAACUCCGAAGUUUUGAUGCUAAAAAACCUAAAAGAAAUAGAUUGAAGAUACUCCAAAAGAUAAAAAAGAGCAUAGCACGAAAAAAUGGCGCUCUCUUGUGCGAUUUCUAAUGAAGUGCCAGAACAUCCAGUAGUAUCCCCUGUUUCUGGAUCAAUAUUCGAGAAACGUCUCAUUGAGAAAUAUGUGUCUGAGAACGGAGUAGAUCCUAUUAAUGGCAAAGAACUCACUAUUGAGCAACUUAUUGAUAUCAAAGCAACUCCAAUUGUCAAGCCUAAACCACCUAGUGCAACUUCCAUUCCUGCAAUAUUAAAAAUCUUGCAAGAUGAAUGGGAUGCAGUUAUGUUACACUCAUUUACAUUGCGACAACAACUUCAGACUGCAAGACAGGAAUUGUCUCAUGCUUUAUAUCAGCAUGAUGCAGCUUGCCGUGUGAUUGCCAGAUUGACUAAGGAAGUUACUGCUGCCAGAGAAGCUUUAGCUACUCUGAAGCCACAAGCUGGAAUUGUUCAAGCAACCGCAAUUCCACAACCUGCUGUAGCAGUGGAAGCUGGUGGCACAGCUGCCCAACCAAUGGAACAGGCUGGCAUCACUGAGGAUGUGAUUCAAAAGCUUCAAGAGCGGGCAACUGUUCUCACUCAGGAGCGAAAGCGACGUGGACGCUCGGUGCCGGAAGAUCUGAUGCCACAGGAUAGUAUACGGUCAUUCCAGACACUUGCAUCGCAUCCAGGACUUCACUCUGCCAGCGUGCCUGGAAUCCUAGCGCUCGAUAUUCAUAGUGCUGAUACCAGCAAGAUUUUAACGGGUGGCGCCGAUAAAAAUGCCACUGUGUUUAACAAGGACACCGAGCAAGUGGUGGCAAUUCUUAAGGGUCACACUAAAAAGGUUACACGCGUCAUUUAUCAUCCGGAGGAGGAUAUAGUGAUGACAGCUUCGCCGGACAGUACGAUUCGUGUGUGGAAUGUUGGUACCAGUCAGACAACGUUGUUACUAAAGGCUCACGAUGCUCCAGUAACCGGAUUAUCUUUACACCCGACCGGCGAUUAUCUGCUAAGCUCAUCGCUGGAUCAGCAUUGGGCCUUUUCCGAUAUACGCACUGGCAGAUUACUGACUAAAGUGGCAGGACAACAAGGACAGCCAUUGACGACAGCGCAAUUCCAUCCCGACGGCUUGAUUUUCGGUACCGGUACGGCGGAUUCACAGGUGAAGAUUUGGGAUUUAAAAGAGCAAUCUAACGUGGCAAACUUCCCGGGUCACACGGGCCCAAUCACAGCGAUUAGCUUCUCUGAGAACGGAUAUUACUUGGCGACAGCAGCAGAGGACUCGUGCGUCAAACUUUGGGACUUGCGCAAGCUAAAAAAUUUCAAGACACUACAGUUGGAGGAAUCUUACGAAGUGAAGGAUAUUUGUUUCGAUCAAAGCGGAACUUAUUUGGCUGUCGCUGGAACAGACGUCAGAGUAUAUCUUUGUAAGCAGUGGCAAGAAUUGAAGGUUCUGAACGAUCAUACAGCUGCGGCUACAGGAGUUCGUUUCGGAAAGCAUGCACAAUAUAUCGCGUCUACCAGCAUGGACAGGACAUUGAAGCUCUACGGAUUAUCAUAAUUAAUUAGGAUUUUAUAUUGCAUUUAUUAAUAAUAAAGUAUAACAAGAAUUGCUUUAUAA